AGUGAAGAUAGAGAACUAAAGAAAAGGCGUGUAGCACCGACGGAGUGCGUGCCACGGAUACAAAUUACAGGCCGUUUGACUCUUCAUAUUCAGUCACUGAAAAUGGUGUCUUUGCGGUUUCCCUUUUUCUCUCCGCCCAGGCGCCCCCAUGGUCCCUCCCAUGCAGUCCCUCGCCCUUUCUCUGCCUCAGUCGCCGCGUGCGCCGUCGCAGCCGGGGCUGUCGCGGCCGCUGCAGCCGCCGUCUCCCAGAAAAACAAAAUCCAGGAGCACCCAUUUCUCCGAGACGCACUAAACUUCUUCCUACCCAAUUUUGCACGGUACAAUCAGUCUACCACUCUAUGGGGGUCGCUCUCUUUAGAUGAUAACCCAUCUCCGGUCGUAGAGUCGAAGACCGGGGCUUCUUUUCCUUCAGUUCUGAGCAAUUCUGGGCGACUUCUCGGAAUCGGCUUACGGAAGAAGAGCGUAUUGGGAUUGAAGAACAUCGAUGUCUAUGCUUUCGGUGUAUAUGCUGAUGAUAAUGACAUGCAGAAAUUGCUCAGGGAGAAAUAUGGGAAACUGUCGAUUUCUCAACUGAAAGGCAACACACAGUUUAGUGAAGAUCUUAUGGAAAGAGACAUAUGUGUGACUAUUAGACUUCAAAUAGUCUACAGAAGACUAAGCAUUCGUUCAGUGCGUAGCGCAUUUGAAGAGUCUGUAGGAAGUAGACUUGAGAAGUUUGGUGGAUCAGAGAAUAGAGAAUUGCUUAAAAGGUUCACCUCCCAGUUUAAAGAUGAGUAUAAAAUACCCCGGGGAUCCAUUAUAGAUCUCUCAAGGGAACAUGGCUAUAUCCUUCGUACAAGAAUUGAUGGGAAGGAGGUUGGGUGUAUCCAGAGCAAACUCCUGUGUCGGUCAAUUUUAGAUCUAUAUAUUGGCGAGGAUCCAUUUGAUAGAAAAGCCAAAGAAGACAUCGAGCUUAACUUGGCCACUCUCCUUCAAAAGUAGCUACACAGCCAUCACUAUAUGCUGUGUGGAUUUUUUUCCCAAGCCAAGUACUGAUUUUCAGUUGUGACCCGACACUGGACAGGAUUGCACGUCCUGUGUUUGGCUAAAAUGUUUGUUGAUGAGCCAUGGAGUACUGGUUUUGAUGUGGGUAAUUUCAUGAUAUUUGGUGACCCAAGGAUUCAGUGCCAACGAUAAUAGAUGAUUUUGGAUCAUUGGUCAGUCAUCUACUUCAUUGAGAAACUUGAACCACAAUUCACAUCCCAAGUUCAUAGUUGUGCACGUGCUGCUACAAAAUGUUGGUGUUUUGUCCGUUUGGAGAAUGCCCCAAAAGAGCACAUCGCAGAAAAUUUUGAUUUGGUAACGUCAAUCCAUUUUGUAUCAUGUAAAGUUAAAGUCACUUACUAUCCAUUGAAAGAGCUGGUGUGGAAUGUGAUUUGCCUCUGUGGCUUAAAUGCAAACCACUUAUUAGCCAUUGAAGUGAAUCUCGUUUGAAAAAAUAUUGGAAUGGUCAAUCAACCUUUUAAGUCUUUAGUUUCAA